CGCGUCGCUUCUCCCCUUCCCCACUUCGGCUGGACCAAUUCUGGACAAGGGACGUGGGAGGUCGCAUGGGCGGCAAUUAACCAACCACACAGCACAACUCGGAGCAGCACAGGGCACGUCUGUCACCGGCUACCCACACCGACGUCCCCACUACCACCGAUACCCCUUCCAACAUGGCCGCAACGCAACAAUCUCACCUCGCCUCAACCCCCAAACCCCCCUACUUUGCCGUCAUCUUCACCAACAUCCUGCACGCCCCCUCCCCAUCUUACUCCCUCCUCGCAACCCGCAUGUCCACCCUCGCCGCCCAACAGCCAGGCUACCUCGGUCAGGAAUCCACCCGCAACGCAGAGACGCUGUUGGGGAUAACUGUGUCGUACUGGACGGACGAGGAGAGUGUCCGGAAGUGGAAGGGAGUCGCGGAACACCUUGCGGCGCAGGAAGUGGGGAGGAAGGAGUUUUAUAGCGUUUAUAAGGUUAGGGUGGCGGAGGUCAAGAGGGAUUAUGGGUGGGGGAGUGAGGUGUGAGCCAUAGCCAGCCGCUUGAGCUGAUCUGAACGAUCGACCUGGGUGGGCGUGUGCGCUCGGACUCUGGCGGACGCAUCCCACUCAUCGCGGUAGCCAGCACACCGCAACGACUGGCCAAGCAAGCGCCAUCUCGCACUUGACGCUUGAGCGUCCCCGACCUAUGGGACAUUCCCAGGCAAUCGGCGGUAACUUGAGGCGUAAAGAGCGGAGUAGCAAGGGUAUCUUUUUUUCCUGCAUGCACACUAGCCCUACACCUCAAUGACGAUGUUCACAAACUUGAAAAUAGAACAUGAAUGCAUCUGUAUGAAUGCAUUACACACCAAACCGAACCGUAUUUGCC